GCUUACAGAAGCUCUUAGCUCACUCUCACAUUUUGAGGUUUUCGCCCCAUCAUCUUAUCUCACUCUCCUCCCAUUUCUUACGUUAAAAACGACGACCGCUGUAAUCCUCCUCCCUCAGGCUAACAGAAGAGCUACCUGAUAUCUGUUCGGCUGGGCUUCAUUCUGCACUCGCUAUCCCCAACGCCCUUCCAUGCCAGAUCCGUCCGCAUAACCACUCAAAUCCUUGGUUCUGUUGCGUACAGGUCUAACUCAGAGAAGAGAAAAGUAAUGCAGCUCUUGCAAUCACCCGAUACUACCAAUUGGGAAGAUGUCGGUAAGAAUGAAAAAGGUGAAAACAUGAAUCCACUUAAUGCUCAAGUAGACUCCAUUGCUGUAUUAAGAAGCGAAUCCCCUGUUCAUCAACAAGGCGGUGGCAAAACAGGAAAAAUAAAGCGCCCUGCUCCACUAAAGAUAAAACACGUGCGAAAGUGGAGUCGAGACGAUGUUGAUUCUCCCUUACGGGGGGCUGAGAAUGGUGGAAGGAGAAGUCCCUUUGAGUCACCCCUUCAUCGUAAUGCUGGCGAUAGUACUCCAAGGAGAGCUUCUCGUCACGGAGACCGAAGUCUUGAGUUUUCACCACUGCACCAUGCAAGGAUUGUAGGUGGUGGUGGUAGAGGGGGUGCAGGGGUUUCUUCUCCCACAUGGGAAAGAAAAGGUUCAUCCGAAGGUGGCCGUCCUAUAGCUCCCUCGACACCUUCUAGAUCUCGUCUUAGACCAGUCUCAAAAGGUGAUGACACGCCAGAUCACAACCUUGCAAUUCCGAAAUUCGGAGAUUGGGAUGACAUGGAUCCAUCAUCAGCAGAACAGUUUAGCCAAGUGUUUGACAGAGUGCGGGACGAGAAGCAGAGUGAGGCAGGGAAAGUGCCUGUCAUGCCAACUGAAACACCCGACCCAAACAAUGAGAAGCAAUUCAGAAAUGAGAGUUCUAAGGGCUGUUCUUGCUUUCCAUGGCUUGGAAAGUAGUGACUAGUCUUCAAAUGGGGGAGAGCAUACAACUUACUGGAGGCACUUACACAACAUGUUUUUUGAAAGCUCGGUUAUUUUGUUGUAUAUGCUUUGUCCAAGAUUUAAGUAUAUCUUUCUUUUUUUGCUUUCAAAAAGACAUUUGAAAAAGUUGUUAAAGAAGUAACUGAAAAGAUUUUGAAUGUCAUCGUGGUUUUGCGUCUUCUUGUCAAGUGUCAACCAUUUUGACAUGGAAGUGUGGUUUCAUGUAAUUUGUACUGUGUAUUACGUAAUUUAUAAAAGACUCCUUACAAA